AUGGCGUUGACAGUCGAAGAAAGUAAAAUUCUUGUGUUCAUUGCAGGCAUUCCAGAGGAAGCGUUAGAUGUCCGGCAAAUCAGUCUGAGAUUCGUAGAGAAAUAUUCAAAGUCAGAAGUAUGCACAUUGAAGGCAUUGAUGGAGGAAGUCCGUAGCUAUUUGGCAAAUAAGUCUGAUGCAAAGGUAUUCGCGGAUAACCAGUCAAAGGUCAGAUUUGAACCUGAAUAUUCUGUGGAGGUGAAUAAUAUUAGUAAAACUAUUCAGGUCAAUCAAAAUGUGAAAAGUAGUAAAGACGAAAAGGACAAAAGGAAUCAAUUCAGUCAAGGAGAAGAACGUCAACAUAGUCAAGUCAAUGAUCGACAAUUUAGUCAGACAAGUCGUCCACAAUAUGGACAGAAGGAGUGCUAUAAUUGUGGGAAGAGGGGACACAUUAGCCGAUUCUGUAGAUACCCUAGAGGUUGGUUAAAUCGUAAUAGUCGCCCAGAAGUUAAUUAUAUGUCUAUUGACCCUAAUAAUUCAGGUCCAUAUGUGUGUAUUGCCGAUAUUGUCGAUCCGACACAGAUUCUGCUAAAAGAGAAAUGGAUUACACAGUCAGUCAAGUUAAACGACAAAAACGUUGAGAUGAUUGUCGAUUCAGCGGCACAAAUCAAUUGUAUUACCGAAGCGACCUGGAACGAUUUGGGCAAGCCUGAGAUUAGUCAAGUCAAUUAUUCUGGAGUCGGGUUAGGCAAAUCGAACUUCAAGAUAGAAGGCAAAGUCAAGGUCAAGGUUGAGUUAUUUGGGAAAACCUCGGAAGAAGAAGUCCACAUAGUCGAAGGAAACAUUAAUAUCAUGGGACUUCCGUGGUUAAACAAAUUCGGGACAAAAUCGCCAGUCUUGUCGCAAUAUUUUGCAAGAGGAAGUCAAAACAAAAGUCAAAAGUGGAAAGAUUGGAGAAGCCCAAAGUCCAAGAUACAAGAGACGCCGAUUCGAAAUAAAGAAUUCAAUAGUCAAGAAUCGAAGAAACCAUUCCAUAGUCAAAAGAAGAAAGCUUGGCGAAGAACGAAUAAAUUCGAAAAUGGAAUGGAAGUCUUAGUCAAAAACACGAAUCGUAGUGGUAAAACAAUGUGGUUAGCAGGGAAGUUGAUGAACAAAGUCGGGCAAAUUUGGAAAGUCCAAGUGCCAUCAUUGCGUAGCAUAGUCAGCCGUGAGGAGUGGUUUAUUCGAAAGAAAAAGUGGUUCGAUGAUGCAACAAUGAAAAGUCAAUCAAAAGAGGAUCAAAGGUCGAGCUCGGUUGAAAGUCUGGGGGCAGAAGACAAAGAGAAACUUUCAGCGAUCUUUAAGAAGAACAUCCGGAUCCUCCAGAAAGAAGACGAAUUGCAGGACGUGGACAUCGAACUUGUGAGCGAAGAAAACAUGAAGCAAAAAGAUGAGCCAAUGCACGCGAGCACUGGAACGGAAGAUGAUCGGAAAUAG